AGAGGGACGUUUGCUAGAAAUCAGGGGUCCUGCUGGGCCCGCCCCCAGGGGUGGGGCUGGGAGUGGUCACGUGCAGGGGCGCCGCGCCCGGGGUCUCCCGCCCUCUCCAGGCGGCGUCUGGAGUCUGAGCCUGGAGCCAGGGAGGACGCUGCGAGAAAAAGCGGCGCCGCUGCGCCGAGGUUGCUGAGGUCAGGGUCGCAGGGGCCCGAGGCACCUGCUCGCUGUUCCGCCCUCUCCCUGAUAGCUGUGCGGGAGGCUGGACCCUCAGCAGCGACAGAGGCGACAGCAGCAGCAGCAGCAGCGAAAACUGGAGCGCAGGCAGCAGCGGCAGCCACGCCAGCAGCGACACCAUGGAUCUUUCUUUUAUGGCCGCGCAGUUGCCCAUGAUGGGAGGAGUGUUCAUGGACUCACCCAACGAGGACUUCAGUACCGAAUACUCCCUGUUUAACUCCCCGGCCAACGUCCACGCAACCUCCAAUGGCCACAGCCAGCCAGAGGAGUCUCCUCGCUCCACCAACGAUGCUGUUCUGCUCUGGAUUGCCAUCAUAGCGACUCUGGGGAACAUAGUGGUGGUAGGAGUGGUGUAUGCCUUCACCUUCUGAGGGCUCAGUGAUGCUAAAGCCAUGGGAAAGGCCUCCUGCUCUGGACUCGACUGCCAAGGUUUUCCCUGUGGCUCCAUCUUGUCCCAGCCACUGGAGACACCUGUGUUCUAGACCUAAGCUUGAAUGGCCUCUGCAGGGGCAGGAAAUCUAUAAUUUCCUCCAGGCAGCUCUGACUUAGAAUAAUCCAUGUUGUGGGUUGAGCUGAUCAGAACACCUUGAAGAUGGUGCUUCCAGCUCCUAAGAGCUUGAUGGGUUGGGUCCUUCAAAUAGCAAAAUGAAAAAUUCUUGAAGCUUCGGUCAGUCCCAGGAACAUCCUAUGGGUUAAAAAAAUGUAGAUCUGUUUUGUUGAGACUUUCCUAGAAGUAAAUUGCCAUCCGUUGUGUUGUAUUUUUCUUCGGACUUACUGAACCCAGUGUGUGGGUGCUGGGACAGGAAGAACUUUCACAAAUUAGAAUUCCCCACCUUUUAAUUUUAUGUCCCAUUUCUUGGAAUAUGAUGCUGAUGGUGUAGGGUCACAGAAUGUUGUGGAAUUAACUUAAAAGAGGUACUUUUGUCACCAAGACACUUGGUCCCUUGCACUUGUUCCAAGUGCAUCAGAAAACCGAGGGACUGGGAUGAACUUUCUGAUUUUUGUAAGAAAGGCAGAGGGUGUCUUCAAGAUUUAGAUCCUCCAGCCAUUAACCAUUUACCACCCAGGUGAAGUGACUGUCUCUUCUCCGAGGAUUCAUGGGAGGUAAAGAUGAUUUAGUCGUUUCCCUUCGUCAUUGGACAGAUGUCCUGGAGAGGGUUGAAGUGAUGGUGUGGUUAGAUGAUAUAGGAGCCAGAGCAGCAGGGCAUUUCCUGAUCUUGCUGAGUCUGGGCUCCACCCUAGCCAAACUCUCUAGUAAGCAUGGCCCCACCUCAGCAGCCGAGGCAAGAUGUCCAUCUUGGGCAUUCCCAGGUCGUCUAGUGUCAGUGCUGUAAAUUGGCUUAGAUGCUGUGCCCUCCUUCACGGUUCUGAUUCCUCACGCCUAUCCCUGAACCCAGAAUACCUGCAAAUGUUUUGGCCCUGGUUUGAGGUGAUGGGGAGAGCUGUUAGUAGGGAGAACUGGUCCAACCUUUGUCUCUAAGGGGAAGGGUGUAGGGUGUCUGCGAAGAUGCUUAGAGUCAUCAGGAGGGCAGGGUGCCGGGCUGGCAGUUAACGGUUGUGUGCUGGAGGUGGAAGUUGCUGGAUAUUUGCUCUGACUUCCUGCCUCACCAACAGGACCCUUCCUUCUCAUCACUCCUCCCUUUCCCCUGAGUCCUACCCUAGAGCAAGGAGGAGGACAUCCUCAUGAGAGAACCAGGGGUAGGGAUGGAAGUAGGUGUGUGCUGUAACCUUUUCCCAGUACUGUCUCAUUUACCACAGGGGAGCUGCAGCUGGUGGUGCUCCCUACCUUGCUUCCAUGGAGUCAGCAUAUUGGGGAGGGAGUUGUGCCUGCUGUAAUGAGAGGAAGUGGGAGGAAAGCUAAGGACAGGUCCUGGCCUCAUAAUGUAUUUGUGUGUCAGUACUUAGACUUGAACACACAUGCAUGCACGCGCACACUCAUGCAGUCAGUUAACCUGUGUUGAUGUCUUGUCUGCUGCAGAUGGUCUCAAGCAGGGGAAGCCCCUUUGUCUCCAUGGCACCAUGGACAAACUGGUCCCAUUCUGUUCUACUGUCUCCUACAGUUUCCUGUCUGAACUUGCUCACCACAGAUAACAGUGAGGAGUAAAUGGCAGAUUCCAGUCAGAGUAGCCAGAGUGGACUGCACUAUCUUCCCUGCCUCUGCUCCACUCUGUCUGCGGUCAUCAGGUCAGGGGCAAACAGGCCUGAGCUCAGUGCUUGAGUACUGUGAGCAGGCACGGUGCUAGACUUCAUGUACAGCCUUCAUCUUUCUCUCACCUCACAGCAGCAGGGUCGUGCACGGAAGGGAAGCCAGAGGCUCAGAGGAAUGGAGUAACUUUCCUGAGGCCACACAGCAUGGAAGUGAGGAUCUGGGAUUGGGACCUGGGAAGCUAGGCUCUGCAACUGCCUCUCUCUGGCACUGUAUAGGGCACCAUUGAGGUACAUUUGAACUGGACCUGAAUCCUCAGAAGGUAUUUCCCAAGGCAUCACAGCUUGGGAUGGCCUGGGCCACCCACAGGUUUUAGACCAUCAAAAAGGGGCAGCCUCAACUUGGCCUGGACUCCAGGGGGAGGGUUAAGAUUGACCUUGAGUCUCCAUGUACGUCUCCAAAGAGGGUCCCUGAGGUAGGGUUUCUUGGGUGCGCAUAGAAGGGACCCGGCAAGGUAUGUAAUCCCCAAGGAACUGCACAUUAGCAGGGUCCCAGUGGCCAGCAUUGAGGUCAGAGUGUAGACCUCGCCUGUGUGGCAAAUUGACUCAAGCUGGGGUGCAGUCUUUCUGUGAGCCUCAAAGCUUUCCAAAGCAGGGGUGUCACCUUCUUAGGGAUCCCAGCCAGAACCCGAUUGGCCUCACCCUAAGUAAGGUGAUUUGACAGGAAAGACCUUGCCUUUUGCAUAGCUGGCCCUUGGAAAAGCACUGCAUUUGCUGGAAUGUUCCAUGUGGUCCAUGCAAUCCGACUAGUGAGCCUAAUGAGUCCCUUCCUUGCCCAUCCCAGAGAGAGAGAGAGCACUGUCUCUUCCUCCAUGCAUGAGUUUCUAGCAUCCUAGAGAGUGGGAAAAGGGGGUAGGCCAGGGCCACCCAGUCAGGGAGGCAGCAGGCCAGCUUCUAGUCCUGGCUGGGAUGCCUGUCCAUUGAUCAUGAUCUGUCUGGGAGCACAUGUGUGCUCUUGGGCUAGUCCUCUCUGGCAGGAGCAUGGCUUCCCUUUGGGAUCAGUGUGCAGUGAAAUAGCCCAUCGCUCCUGGUGCCUGUCCUACUUACAAGCUCAUAUACUUCCCAAGUUGAGGCCAGGGAGGGGUGGCCAGGGACAGGAUGGCACAUGUGUGCCUGUACCAAGUCCUCUUACCCUCUAUGCCCUAUGACCACUCAGUGCAGGGUAGGGAAGAGAGGCUGCUGAGCUGGGACUGAGAGCCCAGAGGUGCAGGGCACAGGCCCCAGAGAGAGGAGGGGUUCCUCCGAGAAUCCCAAGGGAGUGAAAUUAUGAGCUCUGUUGACUCCCUCUGCAACCCUCCUGAGAUCAGCGCUUGAGCAGGAAGUGUCAUGGUGGCGGGAGGGAACCACACAAACCACAUGGCUAAGGGCAAUUCACAUUAUUUCUGGAGUGACAAAACCUUGUCAUCAGUCAGGAUGGGUGGGGGCUACACCUGGGAUGUAAGUCUUUAUCAAUUGUCCUGGCUCUCUGUGCUUGUCAUCUGUGUCUUACUGGUGAGAAAUAAAACCAGAGGACUUGGAGAUUGCUUGGUAGGUCAUGCAUAAGGACCCGAGUUCAGAUCCCCAGGAUCCAUGUUAAAGUAGACGGUCUGGACAUGGUGGUGCACACCUGUAAUCCCAGCACUGGGGGGCGGGGGAAAUAAGCAGGUCCAUGGGGUUCACUGGCCAGCUACUCUAACCAAAAAAGUGAGCUCGGGUUCAGUGAGAGACACAGUUUGGGGGUUGUUGUUGUUGUUGUUUUAAAUGAUGGCUGGAUAAGCGACUGAAGAGAACAUCUGAUGUCAACCUCUGGCUUCUAUGUGCAUGCGCCCAGAAAAGACACACGCUUGUAUGUGUGUCCAUACGGCACACACAUAGACCGAGAGGGGGAGGGAGAGGGACCCCAGAGGACUCAGCCCCUGCCCCAGGACAGCCCUGAGCACAGUGGUGUCCUUGCCCCUACACCCCAGCACCAAGAAGGUAUGGUCUCAGCGUCUGGUUCUUCUCUCAGCCGACUUCUGCCUCAAAAGCUUUCAAACCUGCUUUCCCGUGGGCUAAAUCCCAGCAAAUGUGUGUGCAUCGUGCAGGGAAUGUGUGUGCUUUGGCCACGGGGUACGUGAGAGCCCUGCUUCUACAUGGAGCCAUCUGUCUGGCGGAAUAGCCCAAGUUGCUGUGCCUGCCUCCUGCACUCUUUCUCCAUUUUCCAGACUCGCAGGCUGUAUGUGGCUGAGGACAGCUCUGUAUCUCCCACUCAACACAAAAUCAUAAGGUUUUAAAAUGAGGUGGGUUUUUUUUUUUCUUUUUGUCUUUUGUAACCCAGUUACCUGGUUUGGGGGUGAAAACUUUGAAAAUGGUGUCAUUGUAUUGAAAUGUCAAAGAGUUGGGCCUGAGAAUCACUGCCUUUGUAGUCCAUCGUGCUGUUCUGACAUCACCAAUGGUCCUGUGUGAAGGCUUGCAGCAAGGGCAUGGAAGCCCAAACUCUAGUGGGUAUGGGGGCAUUGCCAGGUAGAACCUAUCAGCAGAAGAGCAGGGUCUUGUCCCCAGAUCGUCCAGCCACAGAAUUCCCAUGGUUCUUCAUUUCAGGCUCCUGGGUUCCCCAGGAGACAUUUGGCAAUGCCUUGUACAUUCUUAACAAAAUCUACAGAGGAGUGGGGACCUGCUGGCAUCCAGUGAGUAGAGGCCAGAAGCGGUGCUCAUCCACACACAAGACAGACGUGUGGCCGAGUGCUAUCCAGACCCCAAAUGCCAACAGUACCAAAGAUGGGAGACAUGCCAUAAGGGUCCAGGGUGAUGGGGAGUUUUCAAAAGCUACAUCAGUCAUGUGUGAAUUGGAGCAGUGAGCACAGGGGCUGGGCUGCCCCAAGCUGAGGAAACUUCAGGUGUGGGACUGGACCUUGGAAACCCAUGUGACUGUUUUCUUUUGAGAAGACCCUGUGUGGAGACAACCCUGCAAUACAGCUGUAACGCUGAAGCUGAAAUUGCCCCCCACAAGUGACAGUGGUCCCAGGAUCUGUGGGCUCUGACCCUCACCAGUGCAUGGUUGGAGAGAUUCUGACAGGGACAGGAAGGCUGAGGAACAGCUGUGGGACAAACCCAGCCUCCUUUCUAGCUCUCUCUGUGUCCCCCAUCCCUGAUCCUCAAAUCUGCAGGCAUACUGACUCUUUCUACUAUUGAGAUUUUUCCAGAUUUCUUAAUCAUCACCUGCUGCCUACAGAUGCCAGUUUUUCAUGAGGAGAACAUCAGCCUAGCUCCUGUUUUUGGUUUUGUUUUUUUCUAGUCAGCUUGUAACUACGUGUACCUGGCAUGAAGGAAGUUUAACCAUUGUUCCAGGUCUUUGCUGCACAGGUACCUGUUCUCCAUGUGCUGUUGGCUUCUACUUGCCCUGGGAAGGCUCUUUGCUGAUGUGGGAUUUCGGUGUGCUCUUUUGAAGGCCUGACGGUGACACCUUCCUGUGUUAGCUUUCUUGCUACAGUUGUCAUUUUCUAUUGCAAUAAUUAAACAGAAGGAAAGUUUAACCCUG